AUGCCAGGACGAAUCAAUCGUCUAUUUAAACGCAAAUCUCAAGGAAGUCAAAAAAGACGGUCCGCAUUUGCCAGUUUCUUCAACAAAUACUUCAAAUGUUGUUUCACUGUUGAGGGAUCCGAGGUUGAUGGAUAUCUUAAACCAUCUACUCAACACCAGGUUUGGAUCAAAGUGCCGUCACAUAUCCGAGUUAUACUGCUGAGGAUUAUGUAUGGUAUUGCCGUGGACCUUCCAUGUGCUGCCAUCGCGUACUGUGAUUCUGAUCCACAAUUUGACAUCGUGAUCCGACAAUACGCUAGGGCACUUAUACUACUUGAUGGCAGCUAUUUCGAUAGCAGCAUUGAUGUUGUGGAAGAUAUGGAACCAGACCACUUGGCUGCACUUAAUCUCAUCCGGAAGUGCUUCUCUAUGGACGUGAUCAAUUACGUCCCAGCUCUGAAACAACCUAUCGUUGUCGAAGGAAGUUUUGCAAAUUGUAAAUUAAAGUUCGGUGAUGAUGUUCUUACAAGAUCUGUUCAGAAAGCCCUUGUAGAAAACAAAGACCACGUAAUCGACCCGAAGCUUUCAUUUGCCAGUAUUUUACAGUGGCAUCGUGCACAUCUCGAAUCAUCUGCUACCAAAUUGUUCCAAUUGGUGAAUGGAGGAUUCAGUUCGACGACUAAGACAUAUGAGCCUCGUAUUAUGGGAGUGAAGACAUUAAAACAAGUCAAAUAUAAUAUUGGCAGCCUCCAUUUGGCAACUCGCUUUUUACCAUUAAUUGAGUCAUCUCAGCUGUCUGCCAAGCACUCACAAAUAAAGGUUCAUAGGCUAGUUAGCCAGCCUCUUUUUUCCACUCCAUGCAUGCAGUUGGGUGACCAAAACCAAUGUCGUGUCAUACAAUGCCAUCGAUCUUAUUCAACUGUGAAACCCAGUAAUGGCACCAUUCGACCAUUCACUUUAAACAUCUGCUGUGACAUCAACAACACAUUCAAAGUGUCAUUCAAAUGUUUCCAAUAUGCAUUGGAUAUCAUCUUUAGUGGUGAACAAGCUCGGUCCAUCUUUGCAGUGAAGACAUUGAAAACAGUCAAAUAUAUCAUUGGCAGCAUCCACCAACAAACUCACUUUUUACCAUCAAUUGAAUUACCAACUCAGCUGACUGCCAAUCAUUCAGAAAUAAAGGCUCUUAGCUUAGUUAGCCAACAUCUCUUUACUACUCCAUACAUGCAGUUGGGCGAUCAAAGCCAAUGUCGUGACGUAUGCCACCGAUCUUAUUCAACUGUGAGAAUGAAGACAUUGAAAACAAUCAAAUAUAAUAUUGGCAGCCUCCAUUUGGUAACUCGCUUUUUACCAUCAAUUGAGUUACCAUCUCAGCCGACUGCCAAGCGCUCAAAAAUAAAGGUUCUUAGUUUAUUUAGCCAACAUAUCUUUACCACACCACACAUGCAGUUGAGCGACCAAAACCAAUACCGUGACCUAUGCCACCGAUUGUACUCAGCUGUGAGAGUGAAGACAUUGAAAACAGUCAAGUAUAAUAUUGGCACCAUCCAUUUGAAAACUUGCUUUUUACCAUCAAUUGAGUUACCAUCGCAGUUGACAUCCAAGCACUCAGAAAUAAAGGCUCUUAGCUUAGUUAGCCAGCCUCACUUGGUCACUCCAUACAUGCAGUUGGGCAACCAAAACCAAUGUCGUGACAUAAUAUGCCACCGAUCUACAACUCUGCACCCCAGUAAUGGCACCAUUCGACCAUUCACUUUAAACAUCUGCUGUGACAUCAACAACACAUUUAAAGUGUCCUUCAACUGUUUCCAAUAUGCAUUGGAUAUCAUCUUCGAUGGCGAACAAGCUCGAUCGUUCCUCGCAGUGAUCUCAAGAAUGUUGAUCUACUUCGUAGGUGGUAACUUUUAUAACGAAUUUGAAAAUCGAUGUGUGGUGGGUGUCGAAAGAAAUGGAACAUCAGGAACAACGUGGCAUCUUAUCCCCUUUAUGAAGGCGAUGUGUGGUCUGUUCUACUGGGUAAUUUUCAGGAACCAACAACUAUUGUUCACGCCUGCUAUAAAAGCACCGCCACAGGAUGCAGAAUACCAAACUGACUUAAGAACGGACACCACAUCCUAUUCUUGUACAGACAGCACGGAAGCUCAGUCGUGCCAAAGCUCUGUUGGAAGUAGUCAAAGUAGGACCAUCAGUACCAUCACUGACAUUCCUGCAACUGCACAUCACUCUGUAGAGAACACCACUUUGCCUGUGGACUAUCGACCAGAACUGAUCUUCAUUGAUACUGAUGAUUUUGAAGGCGAAGAUCGUUCUCUUGGAGCGCCACUGAGUGGGGAAUGGCAGAACCUUCUCUGUCUUUCAAACUCAUACCACGAUCUCGGACAGGGAGGUGGAAAGUUCGCAUCAGCAUCAUUGUCACCACUUAAGGCACCGGACGAUGUAAUCUUGCCUGACUAUCUCGUGAAAUUGGAUAACAUUCUGCCAAAUGAGCUUCAGAUCAUAUUGAUGGAAGAUUUGUGUCCAGUUGUUCUUUCCGGAAAACAGGUUCAACUUGGUAAGGGUGCGUAUGGCGAAGUCUUAUUAAAACGUCUGGAUCAUUCUGAUGGCCCACUUGUUGCAAUAAAAUCAUGUGACGUUACAAGUCAUGGAGACACAUCGAAGCAGAUCAUAGAUGAAUUUCUAGUUAGCCUCGAAGCUCGAGUGCUGAUGUUCCUAUCUAAGGAAAGCAGAGUAUUCCCGUAUGUUUAUGGUAUUUGCGAAAAAGAUUGGUUCGAACCUCGGAAAAGCAUUGUUAUUGAGUACGUCGGACAUCCUACUCGAUUUAAGUCUGUAACUCUCUUUAAAGCCAUCACUUUCAAAGAUCCGAAUCUUACGAUCUCAGAUGGACUACAUGUGGCACGGGACAUGGCAGAAGGCGUUCAGGUCAUGCAAAAACAUGGCUUGAUUCACAAUGACUUGGCCAGUAGAAAUAUUCUACUUUACCAUGAUGGCGAACGCUGGGCCGCAAAAAUCACCGACUUCGGUUCAGUCUGUCAUGCAUCCGCUCCAUUCGACUUCUUCAAGCUUAACAACACUUCUGCAGCACAACGUCAACAGUGCAUAGCAGCUCACAGAGAAUAUGCCCCAGAGCUUCAUUUCCCAAACUCACCACCAACGUUUGCCUCCGACAUACACAGCCUGGGCAACAUGUUUUGGGAAAUGGGUUCUCAUUUACGCGCUGUAAUAGGAGUUGUAUCCGUAGAUAGCACCAGCGAUGCCAACCAAUACUGGUACAGUCUUGUUCACGAUUACAAUGGCUUAUUCAAGAUUGAUUCUAGUACGGGUGCACUCAUCUUGGAAGAUUCAACUCGUAUUGAUUAUUCUACUCAACAGUCGUACCCAAUCCAAAUACGGGCUGUAGACUCUAGUAAUCCGGAAAAUACUAUCACUGAUGAUUUUGUUUUGGAUGUAUCUCAACGGACUAAUCCAUCCACGAGUGUUACAAUUCUAUCGACGACUGCGACUGAGAGUUAUCCGGUAAAUGAGCCCGUACUACAAGUCGGUACAGAGUCAGGACAAACCAUUGGCGCUGUUGUGGUGUAUGACUAUGGUAGCGGUGAUGUUUCACUGGAUGUGCAAGGGGGAAAUGGUCUUUAUCAAACAAGAAUAAUGUAUUGCCAACCUGUCAAUGGGCACGAACAGGGGUACAAAACGGUUUGUUUAUAUGAUCUAUACGUCACCAGCGAUAUUACUAGUCAAUCACAAGGAGGCGUUAUUACACUAACUUCAACCAAUUCUGUUGGGCAAAUCACUCAACAUACUUACAACAUUGAUGUUCCAUCAAGUAUCGAUGAAACGACUGUUCCUGGGAUACCUACACAGGCCGCGACUUCAAUUCCCCCGAUGUUGGUUUUCUCAGGUGACACAAGUCCUUCAGAGUCACUAACGAGCAAUACACCGAUUGGUUCGAUCACAACAACCGAUUUCUUUAAUCAAUACAUAUACACGAUUAUCGAUGAUAGAGAUGGCAUGUUCCAACUUCAAGGCAACGUACUAUACCUAUCUCCCACGGCUCAACUCGAUUUUGAAACGGCAAGCGAACACGAAGUAACAAUUCAAGCGGUCCGAGACGGUCAUCCGACGGAGACAAUACAAAUGAAUUUUAUCUUUCAAAUCGAAGAUACGAACGAAGCUCCGACAAGUAUGCACUUUUCAAACACGCAGAUUCAAUUUGGUGCCCCGGCUGGCUCUAGCGUCGCUACGAUAUCUGUGAAUGAUCCUGACAACAGUGGCGGAAUACUACAAGAUUCGUAUUGCUAUAUUACGGGAGAUGACAGCGGUGUAUUUACAAUAAAUGAACAUUCACUCGAGACAAUUAAGCCCUUAAUGCCAGGCCAGUCGUCUUACUUUCUUCAAGUCCGCUGCGUUGAUAGUGGAACUCCAGCGAUGUACAUCGAUAGUCACGUGAUCAUCGAUGUUCUAGUGGACGAACCAAUGGAAGUGGAUAUUAUUCUUACAGACUACAGGCCCGUGCAAGAGAACACCGGUCCGUCAGUUCUCGGGGACUUGCAUGCCAUAAAUGCUGCUACAGGUCAAAUAAUCACUGACGUGGAAUUCAAUUACUUUAUGAUGUUCAUGGGGAUUGAAUUCCCUCUAACCGUGAAGGAUAAUCAGUUGUGGACGACCGCUCCAGUGGACUACGAACAAUUUUCCAAUUUCGACGUCAGCAUCUUCGCAGCAGGUACUGAUGAUUAUGGCCGGGAACUAACAGCCACACGAGUGUUUCGGAUUGAUGUUAUAAAUGAAUGGGAGCCACCAACAUUGAUAGAUUUUGCAACUACCGCCACACACGUAUCCACUGAUAAUACCGUUGGAGAUGUCAUCGGGACAUUUGGUACCACUGGCGAUGAGACAACCUACAACGACCUUGAGUACAGGAUAACGGGUAUUAGAAGUGGGUUGGGCGACAUCGACACAAGUCUUGCUGAUCUUGCUACAGUGGACGGCAAUGUACUGCGCCUGGGCGAGGGGAUUCAAGACAUUACGUUUGACGGCGAUUCCGAACAGUAUGUAAUAUAUAUCACUGCAUAUAGCGCCAGUAACCCCAAUUGGAGUACUGAACUUGUGCAAGAUAUUGAGAUUUUUAAAGUUAAUCAUCCACCGACGGAUAUUGUGAUUGACAAUACCAUGGCAAUGGAGAAUGUUGAGAUUGCAAGUCGUAUCGGAUACCUAUCAAUAAUCGAUCCGGACACAAACGAUAUUGCUUCUUCAUGUCAAGUUCUCAAUAAACACGAAGUUCCAUUCGAUAUCGUUAAUUCCAACGAACUUGUAACUUCUGGCCCUUUAGACUUCGAAACAUUUCACUUAUAUUACAUUCAGGUACAAUGUACUGAUUCUGGUGGUUUGUCUUUUUCGAAAACAUUGGAAAUCAGCGUUCAAAAUAUUUACGAAGCGCCGAGCUACUUGAGCCUAAGUAACGUCGAUGUCCGUGAAAACGCGCACAAAGGAGAGACCGUAGGCCUGUUCUACAGCCUUGUAGAACAGGGAGAAUGGGUGCGAUACAGUAUCGUACAAGACGAUGUGCCUUUUGAAAUAGCUGGAAAUAAUACAUUGAUAAUUACAGAGACAGUCAACUAUGAACAGGUUUCACAAUACGAUAUUACAGUUGCAGCCGCAUUGGGCGACGACCCAUCACUGGUUACUUACGCAAAUUUCUCAAUCUUGAUUCAAAAUGUGAAUGAUCCGCCGACUGCUUUUCAACUUAAUCCAAGUAGUUUCUCUAUUCCGGAGAGUGCCGUGGAUGGCACUGUAGUGGGUUCGCUAAUUACCAUUGACGAAGACGAAGGGCAAGACCAUAAUUACCGUAUAGUCUCCGACAUUCAAUUACCUGGUGCAUUUGAAAUUCAAGGAAACCAGUUGUUGCUUGUCGACAAUAGUCUACUUGACUUUGAAACACGCCAGUAUAUUGAAGUAACUAUAGAAACAACCGAUAACGGAGAACCCCCUCAAUCUUUCCAGCAAUCAGUACGUAUACGAGUUAUCGAUACAGGAGAACCACCAACGGAUAUCAUUUACCAGACGCCCACACUUCCAGAGAACAGUCCUGCAGGAACACUAGUGACACGACUCCUAGUGGAUGACCCAGACAAAAGUGAAGAUCACAUCUGCUCAGUCAUCCGUACAGACACACACUCAUGGUUGUUUGACAUCGUCAGAACGUCUAAUGAUGACAUUCGUUUGGUCGUGGCAGAAGGAGCUGAUAUUGAUUAUGAAACCAGACCAUACCAUCGAGUCGAGGUGGAAUGUACCGAUGGUUACAAUUCGAUUCGGAAGACAUUAACAGUCUUUGUUGAUAAUGUCAAUGAACCGCCGGAAGGGGUUGAUCUGUCAGGAACCCAUUCUGUACCGAUUGACGCUGAUGCAGGAUAUGUGAUUGGCCAAUUCCAAGUACAUGAUCCUGAUAUGGAUCAGGAACACAUCAUCUCUGUUGAAGGCCAAAAUUCAAAUUUAUUCAAGGUCGACGGUACUUCUUUGAUCCUCGAACAACCACUCUCAGAAGUGAUGGUCGACGGUUCCAACCCCUUCCUUCAGGUUAUUCUAAAAGUCGUGGAUAAUGGCAUCAACAUGCUAUCCAGGACACAAGCUUACACUCUCAGUGUUACUGGACUGACUGAUUUCAAUCUAGAGGGAAACGAAGUGUCAGAGCUAUCUCUACCAGGACACCCAAUUGGACGAUUUACCUCCAGUAUAGGAUCAUAUGGAUCUCCCCAGUACCGAUUACUAGAUGAUUCCGAUGGCACAUUCACUUUGACUGAAAACAAUAUUCUGAUUCUCUCAGAUGUGGUUAAUUACACAGAGAAUGCAUACUUGUUCAUAAAAGGUGAGAUGCAAUUAGAGGAUGUUAAAGAGACCAGGAUAUUCCGAGUGUCAAUCUUACCGGAGGACCCCUGUAGCACAGGAUUUGCGCAGUGCCUUCCUCAAUCAAACUGCUUACGGUUGUCAAAAACGGACUUCAAAUGCAUCUGUAAACCUGGGUACGUCAGCAGCGAUAGUCCCUGUUUUGCUGUUAAUGACUGUGCGACCCUUAAUGGAAAUCCCUGUCUGUAUAAUGCUCCGUGUCUUGACGGUGCUAACUCCUUCACAUGCCUCUGUCCAGUGGGUUAUCAGGGGAAACUCUGCGAGUUACCACCAGUGGACCCAUGCCAGUCGCAACCGUGUCUAAACAAUGGAAUGUGUCUUUACAGUUCGGAUUAUACACAGUAUAUCUGUGAAUGUCAAAUGGGAUUUACUGGACAAAAUUGCCAGAUUGGCGAACAACCACUAUGCGAGGCUGUACACUGUGGGAAGGGUACAUGCCUCCAGCAGGGUGAGAGCUUCGCGUGCCAAUGUCCUUCAUCUUAUUAUGGUAUUCAGUGUCAAUAUGCUUUUGGUGUCUGUUCAGAAGGCACUUGCCAAGCCGAUGAGUACUGCAUCCCUCAUAUCAGAGCCGCAAAUAGUUUCAUAUGUGCACCGCAAUCUGAAAGUGUGAAUGUUAACUUCUUGAAUGAAAACUUAGGCUCGGAUGCAACAGACCCGUUUGUUCAAAGUAAAUUCAACAGCUUUGUAGAGUCCACGGAACAACUUCCUAAUUUAUACGUCCUAUUUGCAUCGAAUACACCGACAAAUGUAUCUAUCAUGGUGUUUUUUAUUAUUAAUGAAGGCGUGACUGAAGUUCUCAAGAAUGAAUACGUAUCCUGCAUUCUCUACGAUGAGUGCAGUAGUUCAAGCGUGAUGGACGAAUUCUGCCCAGACAUUCUCAGAGAAUUUUCAGCGUUAUGUGUGAAUCCCACAGCAGUGAAGGAAGCAGAUAGUAGCAAUCUCUGGAUUAUCAUAUGCGCUCUUUGUCUUGGCUUCUGUUUACUCAUUCUUCUUAUUAUCAUUACCUAUCGACGAUUUGCCAGACGAGAUUCCGUGAUGCACACAUUUGAACCGUUGAUUACAAAACAUGAAGGCAUUCGCUACAUUACCCGGAUGCAUAGCAUAGCAGGGUCCAGCAGAAACAACACGUUAACAGGCAACACCAGACUGAACAGUGAUUAUGAAUACUUCAACGACACUGCCCGGCGUCCAACCAGACUGUUCCACAAAUCUCAAUUCCCAGGAGGAAUGGCCAAUGUACGAAGUCAAUCUGAUGGCCAACUGGCGCAGCACAUGUAUGAUAAUAGACAUAACUCACAGAACAGUUUGUAAAGAUACAAGUAUCAGGCCCAUAUUUGGGGGGGGGGGGGUUUCGCCGACCCCACAGGGCUUCGACCGUGGAACUCACGCCCAGAAAACCCCCCUUGGAAGAACCUGACUAUGGGCCUGAGUAUUAUUUUUAUAAACAUUUUAAUUGGACAAUUCAUUUGGCUUUGCCAUAUUGGUUGUGAAAGUUACAAGCUUUCCAAAACAGAAUGUAUAUAUAUUGUAACGUUGUUGAAUCUUCGGUGGGUAAGGCAACAGUGUUAGUACGUUGACUUUAAUGGGUUAUUAAAAAAUGAAAUAACAGAACAAAAUAAUAAACUACGUUAUCUCUAUCCAGAGAGUCAGCAGACUUGUACUGUACAGAAAACUCUCAACAGUUUAGAAUAGGCCUGUUUAUCCCUGGGGAACGUCUGUAUUCUAAAAGGUCCAGAUAUCGAGUGCCACUUUCCCUCCAUCAGAGGUUUCUAUGCGAACCACAGUUGGUACACUUUUGUACACACAUGCAUUCCCCUCUCCAUCUUCAAAUGGCAAUACUGGAUACAACCCCGUCGAUGAUGACGACGAUAAUGUUGACGAUGAUAAUGUUGUCAUUUUGAUUAUCAAAAUCAUCAUCGUUAACAUUAAUUAUUAUUACGUUUUAGAUUGAAUAAACAAUAAAAUAAAACCACAAUCAACAACCUUUAAUAUUAUGGCAUUUAUUUCAUCCCUACAGCUGCAAAUUGAACAAUAGCGACGUAUAUCAUCACUAUAUCUUAAUACAUUGCUUUGGAUCUUACAUAAAUAGACAAAUAAAUUUAAUGACCUACACAAAAUCCACAUGCAAUGUAUAUUUAAAAACAAGAUAAUGAAUAAAAAAAUUUGGUAGGAAACAUUUAAUCUAAAUAAUUACCGAUUUAAAUAACUGAGUUAAAAAUGUCCUCAUAAUGCCUACUGGAAGGUUCCAUUGAGCCCUGCCUCUUAGAUAUUGUUGCUAAUUUCCCCACAAAAUGACAGCGUAACUGUACGUAAAUACAUGAGUUUGUGGGGCAAGUGAGUACUCCUGAUAGGUCACUUGAUAAAUAUAGACUAAAGCUACGUUCACAUCAAAGCCCAGAUCCGGUCAGGUGCCUGGACAAAAAAUCAUGAAAAAUAGGUUCAGUGGUACAAAAUAGGAAAGUUCACAUGAAAUUCGUACUGUACGAUUCCAAUCCAGACUCCGGAUCCGGAUCGAUGGAUCUGAUAGCCAUUUGUAUCGUGAAAUCAUAGGUUUAUUUUCUCUGGACCAAUCAGCAACAAGGUUGGUUGGUUGGUUCAAGCCAAUUGAACGCAUACGUACUUAACCCAAAUAACCAUGUGCGAUGUGAGCACAGCGUUCAAAAAACGUAGCAACUCAGGAUCCGGUCUUGAUGUGAACGUAGCUUAACUCUGGAAAAUUCAGUUAUGAAUUAAAUGAUGACGGAUAGCCGUUCAGAGACAACAAUGUCAUUUCAAUAGGACAAUAAAGGUAAUGUAGUCACUAGGAAAUGUUUACAAUAUAUGUGAAUUUAUACACUUUAAUACAAUGUAAGAAGAUAUCAAUUGGAUUGUAAUAAUAAUUCAAAUAAUAAACCUAGCAGAUUAGGGGAAAAAAUCAAAAUAAAAUUUAGAGUAUUUGCUAAAUAGGAGUUUUCUUCUCCAAUGGUUCAAUCCACAGUCAAUGCGUUAUGUAGCAAACUUGCAAAAGUAUUCGUUAUAAACUUUAAUACAAUACAAUUAGACACUAAUAGAUUCAAAUAAUUCUCAGACUGAUUAAUAUAAUUCAAAUUCUAAUAAUGGUAUACAGGGGUGGUAGCGAACUUACCCCUGAAAAAAGUUAUUGUCCACAUGCAUCCCCACUAAAACCAUUAAAAAAUCUAGUAGUUAAUAAUUACUAAUAUCAUCUCAUUUCUACAUCUGAUACAGCGGCUCUAGGGGCCAUAAGGGGAUAAAGCAUCCCCCUAAAAAAGAAGGAAUAAGGGAGUGAGAAAAUAAAAUGGUAUUGAAAGCACUACAUGAUACCGCUAUAGAAGUAGUAAUUUGUGUACUCGUAUUGAUUUUAUUUUACAAUGUAUUAUCCCACAUACUUUGCACACAUGGCCUUCUUACCCACACUUUUCUCUGGAUCCGCCCCUGAAUACCCCACCCACUUUUCCAUCACGCCACCACCAGCUAUAUAAUGUCACUUCCAGAUACGCUACUGUCCAACACUGCCAAAUUGUAUGCAAAAAUAAGACACAAAACAGGAUCAGACGAAAAAUACCAGUAAAUAGUAUCAAAAGUUAUCAUGAUUUAAAUUUGACAGCAAUUGCCUUCCAUAGAAUUUUGAUAGCAUCAUGUUUGAUAGCAUCAUGAUUCAUUAUUUAUCUAACCCUUGAGUUGUUUUUAAUUACAAAUUCUCAAGAGGUGUUGGCAUAAUCUUGGAUACAUGUAAACAUAACUCUCGACGUUGCAAUUGUUUUUUUUUUUCAUCUUAUAGAAAAAUACCACUUUAGUGCAGCACAUUAAUACUAAGGGCACGAUAUUUUUUACAAUAAUUUGUUCCUCCCCAACACUCAUUUUAUCUAAUUCACAUAGUAAAUUUGGUAUUUUCUAAUCUCCAAAAAACACCCUAGGGAACCAGGGAUACAGCCAGGAAUUUUACCUGUAAAAGGUCCUUAAAUAGGGGGGGGGGGGGGGCGGGGGGGAUAAUUCCAGGGGCCGAAAACCCUGAGACAUUGACAGAAUAUUUAUAUAUUAUAUACAUUUAAUACCCUCCAUGGGCCUACACAUCAACCUAGUUGCGGUACCUGUAAGAUAAUAGUUUUUGUUCGUUGAAGUUUAUUUUAUAAUUUAUAUAAGUUCAACUAAAAAUUUCACA